GUUGACAGAGCCGUGGGCCGGUGCGCGAGCUCCGCUGUGACGACAGAAUUGACUUCGAUUUGCGGCAACUUGGUGAGGGAAAAAAACACUUAAAGGACAGCUUGUGACGCUCGGCUGUGGAGGUUCUCCGGCCCCCCGUGGUGCACAAGACAGUCUGGACAAAAAUCAUCCUGGUGUACGAGAAAGCGUGAAAACUUCAGGAGACAAGCUGGACGGAGCGCAGUCGAGGGAGGAGGGCGAAUGCCCGGCAUUCGUCCUGAGGCACCGAGUGUGCAACAGCACCAGCACCAGCAGUAGCACAAACGACUCUAUCUCAGACAGCCAGGACACCAUGAGCCCGGGCAGCUCGGAGUCAGACUGCACACAGAGCGAGAUCACAGACAUUAAAAGAACGGAGCACCAUGAAGGAGACGACAGGACGGAGGCAGAGGAGGAGGAGGAGGAGGAGGAGGAGACGACUACAAGCUCAGACGAAGGCUUUAUGGGGAUGACGCCACUGCUUCAGGCACACCACGCUAUGGAGAAGGUGGAGGAGUUUGUCCAUAAGGUGUGGGAGGGCCGGUGGCGAGUCAUCCCCCACGACGUGCUGCCCGAUUGGCUGAAGGAUAACGACUAUCUCGUGCACGGACACAGGCCACCCAUGCCGUCCUUCAGAGCGUGUUUCAAGAGCAUCUUCAGAAUCCACACAGAGACGGGCAACAUCUGGACACACCUUCUCGGUUGUCUGUUCUUCCUGUGUCUGGGGAUCGUGUACAUGUUCAGACCCAACAUGUCGUUCGUGGCACCGUUUCAGGAGAAGAUCGUGAUUGGCGCGUUUUUCUUAGGAGCCAUCCUCUGCCUGUCGUUCUCCUGGCUCUUCCACACAGUGUACUGCCACUCGGAGGGCGUCUCUCGGAUGUUCUCAAAGUUGGAUUACUCGGGUAUCGCGUUCCUGAUCAUGGGUAGCUUUGUGCCGUGGCUGUACUACUCGUUCUACUGCUCGCCUCAGCCCUGCGUCGUUUACCUGAUCGUGGUGUGUGUCCUGGGCCUCGCCGCCAUCACCGUCUCCCAGUGUGACUUCUUCGCCACUCCGCAGUACCGAGGAGUAAGAGCAGGAGUGUUCGUGGGCCUGGGCCUGAGCGGCGUCGUCCCCACGUUACACUUUGUAAUCUCCGAGGGCUUCCUCAGGGCCACCACAAUUGGUCAGAUGGGCUGGCUGUUUCUCAUGGCCACACUGUACAUCACCGGAGCCUGCCUUUACGCCGCGCGCAUCCCUGAAAGAUUCUUCCCCGGCAAAUGUGACAUUUGGUUCCACUCGCACCAGCUGUUCCACAUCUUAGUGGUGGCGGGAGCGUUCGUGCACUUCCACGGCGUGUCCAACCUGCAGGAGCUCCGCUACACGGUGGGAGGCGGCUGUACCGACGACACGCUGUGAGACCGCGGCCACACCACCAGUGGGAGACUGAGCUCUCCUUUUAUUAUAACCACCACCACCAGUAAUGCCUCCACCUCUCUCAAUCUGUCUCGCUCCACUACCGAGGGCUGAACAAGAGUUUUUUUUUUUCCUCGUUUGUUUUUUUCCCCCCCCUGUUCCCUUUUUUUUCUCUCUCUCUCUCUCUUUCUCUCUCUCUCUCUCUCUCUCUCUCUCUCUCUCUCCUGCCCUCUUGAAUAAAAACAAUCCUGAUGCGAUUCAGUGGAGCUCCAGGGUGGACCGAUUCGGAUAGACUGAUUUACAGAGUUGCUUUUGAGAUCUGUCAACCUUUGACUUUGUGCUGUUUGCAUAUUAACUGGGUUUGAGGGGUUAAAAAAGAAAAAAAGGAUUGUUGUGAAAUUUUGCCUUUGAAGGUACAAAUGGUUUUAACUGUUAUACAUGUUGUUAUUGUUAAUGUAAAUAAGAUUUCUAAACUGGGGUUAUAGAUUUUUACAAAUGUUUAAUAAUAUUAAUAACAAUAAUGUAAUAGUAUUGUUAAUCGAACGGAGAGGAAAAGAAUGAAAAGAUGCAAAAUUCGUGCAUCGAUUUAGGAUCUUGGAUUCAGCGAAUUAACUGUGCACUUCUGAACCAAAAACGAGAAAAAGGGUGAAAAUGAGAACCAUGACUAAAGGACCAGAGAGAAAUAUGAUUUCAGACAGAGCUGAACGAAGCAAUAUUUGCUGCUUCACAUAAAAAAAAAAGUGCACAGGCAGGUGUUUUCCUCCAGAGUGUGUAUUCUAUGGAGCGCUGAGUCAGCAGAAGUCCAGAAGAAGCCAUCGAGAGAGUUUUUCUGGCAAAGCCAUAAAAUCUUAACAGGUGCCAGGUCCAAGAGCUGGCCUUAAGGUAUCGUUUUCAGGCUCUGUUUUCACACAAGGAAUUGCUGCACCCCGGAUCACACUUUUUGAUCCGUUUUAGUGGAAUGCUGAAGAAGAUCCCGGCAUGCAGAGAUGCAAAGAUGCUGAGAUGCGCGUUUACACACGUUUUCUUUUCUUGUUAUGAUUUGCUGCUUAUUUUUGCUUCAUUUUCAUUUCUGCAGUAUGUGUCCAGCCAGGAUCGAUCCUUUUUUUCUUUUUGCAUAUAAUAAUGCAGGAAAAAGCUUUAAUUUUGGUUUAAGCUUUUUUGCUCGCCUUUUCCAGAGGGCUUAUGGAUCACGUGUUAUAGAUCCAUGAAGGCAUCACACUGUGUUUCAUCUAUCUAAGAGUAUUGCUACGGUAUGGGCCGGACUGCUCACGUUAACGUGAAGCAAACCCUGCCUCCAUAUGACCUUUUUUUUCUUUCUUUCUUUCUUUCUUUACAAGAUCGAGGGCCGUAACGGAGGCACAGCCACCGUCCCUUUUAAUAAUAAUAAUAAAAAAGAAACCGCUGCCUUACACAUCAGGUUGUGUUGAAAAGAGUCGACUCGGGGAUCAGCGUCAGUGUCUCAGAACUUAAGUACAGGAGAACCCUGUAGACUGCGCACUCAUCCAUCUGUAAAAGACUGAGUGUUAUCAGUGCAAACUGUCGACUGCCGCACGCCCCGAAUUCACCACCAACACAAGGCCUUGAUUCACUGCAUAAUAUGUUUAAUUCAUUUUCUAUGAUUGAUUUCUUUUUCUUUUAUUUUUGGUUAGUAUUCUUUUUAAUAUUAAUUUAUUAAAGUGUGAGAGAUCCAUACUAUUUCUCGUUAAAGCACACAAAAUUCCGAGUAUCUGCAGUAGAACCUUUGUAUCUGCUGUAUUGUUCUAAUAAAAUGCUUUUGAAUUCUGA